AUGUAUAAAGCUAGAAAGAUUGAGAGCAUGGAAACUUUGCAUGGUGCUGACUGUAUAGGGAGAUACUACACGUGGCCCACCUGCCAGGACAACCCUGAUGGUUAUGGCUGUUUAUGUGGACCCGGUUUCUACUGGAACACAAGGCUCUGUAUAUCCACAUCUGUAAACUCGAGGUUUGAAUUGAACGGUGACCACAACGACCGCCACACGUUGAAGAACGGAUACGCCAAACUGGUGGGCAAAACCUUCCCGGAUCUCAUCCACCUGACGAUAACGAUGUGGGUACGAGUGCCAAACUCCACCACGGACGGGACUUUGCUCUCCUACAGCACACGGAACUAUUCAAAUCUCAUACAAAUUACAGCAGGGCGGACAGUGAAGUUCAGUUUGCAUGGAGAGACCAGGGAUACAGGCCUUAUGCUGCAACACGGAUUUUGGGUCCAUUUGGCGUUCACAUGGUCUGCCAUAGAUGGCUCCUGGUUUGUCUAUGAGAAUGGCGCCAAAAUAUCACUUCCUUAUAUGGACACUGUUGGAAAACGUAAGCCUAUUCUUCGUGGGGGUGACAUGAUCCUGGGCCAGUCUUAUCUAGGUCAAAACGGUCACGUGCAGUACGACUCUCCCUUUAUUGGUGACUUGAGUCACGUGAACAUUUGGAAACAAGUCUUGUCGGAGGAUGAAAUACGAAAAGUGUACUCAGACUGUACUUUUACUCACUGUGGCACGGCAGUUCAAUGGACAGAAUUUCGUUUCGGCACACAUGGGAAUAUCCAUUUGCGGUGGCCUUCGGAAAUUGUAGAUCAGACGUGCUUCACAGACGUAUGGGCUGCCGAGACUUGUGACGAUCACUGUAGCUAUGUUAUAGGUGCACAAUGUAACGAAGAAAUUGUAGAGAAUAUCCGCUGGUCUCGGACUCCUGCCGGGCAUAACGUCAGCGUUCCAUGUCCAGGUCGCGUGGACGACAGCGGCAACGCUACAGCAUUUGCAUACCGGUAUUGCAACAUUACAAACGACAACAAAGGUGUGUGGGGUGAGCCUCAGAUAGAUGAGUGCCUUUCCCAGAAACAACUGUCACUGAAGACAGAGAUAGCAGAACUCCUUGGGCUUCCAAGCUUCGACGAAGAUCGCAUGUUUCACCUCGGAAAUGCUCUACUGAACCACACUACGUAUACUUCCUACACCAACCCGAUCGACAUUGCUGCCGAGAUAGACUCACUAAAUCUUUUGAUUAAGGCUCAGGGGAUCAAUUUGCGCGAUGUCGUCUGGAAGAGUGACAUGUUGCACAGUUUUGCUAGAACCCUAGAGCUUUACCCAUCUUUCGAGAAAACUAUCGAGUUUACUAAGUUGAUAUGCGGAAUCGUAAACGACUUGGUGGCGACUAAGAACGACGCUGGAUGGAGAGGUGUCCAGCCCCCUGGAGCCGAAGGGGAAGUCCUUAUAGCGUCAGUGGAGAAGUUUACAUCCCUGGUCGCCAAGACUCUUAUAUAUCACGUCAAGCACAAACACAUCGGAUCAGAGGAAGCCACAGUCAGUGCCUUAUAUGAUAAUAUAGCUGUGAAAGUCCGUGUGUUUUUGAGGGACAGAUUUAUGGGGUUUGCCUUUCCUGAUCACACGGACACGUUUGCAUUGGAGAUGUCAGACGACAUUGGAACUUUGGCGCUCACCAAAGAAGCAAUAACAGAACUUAAUGAGACUAUUCCAAAUUUAUUUGCCAUUGCUUCAGUUCGUUUUUCCAAUAUGGCGCGUUUGUUGCCAAAUCAUAAUAUCACAAUAAAGAGCAAAAGGGACAACGUAAACUCGGUAGUUUAUUCAUUGAACGUUUAUUUUGAAAAUGACAGAAAUUUGAGCUCAACCAAUCUUUCCAGCCCCGUGAAGCUUUACUUGCCUUAUACAGAUGAUUUUAAUAUAUCCAAUCCAGAUUGUGUGAUGUUACGGCACAGGGAAGGGACUAGACAAUGGCGAUGGUCUAGUGGCAGAGGAGAUUGUUAUGUGAUCAGAAACGAUAGCAGUUAUGCCACUUGCGGGUGCUACAGACUGGGGACAUACGCUGUAACCACGGACAUGUUCAACGUUGACUGGGACAGAGGCGAGCACCCCCCACAUCUGAUGACCACGCCAUCGUACGUGGGCUGCGCUAUGUCCACGGUGCUGUGCCUUGGCUCUGCUGUCAUGCUCAUAUACCUAAGAACGUCCUCCCCUUCUGCAGCCAUCCACAAAAACUUUGGAUUUUCCAUCUCGUUGUGCCAGUUGAUCUUCAUGGUUGGCGUAACUCAAACAAGCAAUAAGACUGUAUGCCACGUAUUUGCCGUUCUCUUCCAUUACUUUUUCCUCACAACGUUUUCGUGGAUGAUGAACGAGGCCUUCAAUUUGUAUAUCAAAAUAACAUACGCAGCUCACUCGCACGGUCCUGUGAGCGAAUCUGGCUCCAUCUGGCGGUAUUAUAUUUUGGGCUGGGUUGUUCCCGGGGCCUUGGUCGGUGCACUGGUGGGCUCACACGGAGACAGCUAUUAUGCAGCAGACAUGUGUUGGAUCAGGUGGGAUUUGGUAUGGUUUUUCAUUGGUCCAGUAAUUGCUAUACAAGCGGUGUCAAUCCUUGUUUUAAUAUUCACAGCCAAAGAAUAUCACGAAAGUUCAUAUACGAAGAACGAGAAAGCUAAUAAGAUAUUAGUCAAUCACACAAAAGCCGUGUGGACCCAAGUAGUUUUACUUACCGUGGUGUGGACUUUUGCAUUCCUCUCUCUCAAAAUGAGAGGGCCAAUACUGAAAUACUUGUACGCCUUACUCAACUUUCUGCAGGGAUCGUUUUUCUUGGUAUUUUAUUUUUUGCUGAAUGAAGAGAUGCCAGACAAGAAAAUUAAAUCUCUUUCACGAAGUCGUUUCGCCAAGAUACAACGUGAAUGA